AUGCUUACCCAAAACCCAUAUUUAUAUGAAUUUAAUACUAAAAAUCCAUACACAAAACCACUUAUCCCAGUUGAUAAAUUUGAAACUAUUCAUACUAAAAUUCAACAACAUGCUGUUGCUUAUCUUUGUAGUAUUGAACCAUCAAAUAGUACUUUAUACCAAUCACUUGCUGAAGAAUUUAAAGAAGAGCUUAAUUAUGAAUCAUAUAAAGAAUCAGAAAGAGAAUUUUUUGCUGGUUGUUUUGAUCUAGAAUCAAAUAUGUUUAAAUCAAUGUUCACUUUUUGUGUUGUUCAAAUGGCUUGUUACUUAAGAUUCCUUAAAGAAAGAAAGAUGUAUAAAAAAGAGUUAGACCAAAUUGAAAUCAAAAACCCAAUGUAUAUCAUUUCUAUGCCAAGAAGUGGAUCUACUUUCACUCAUUUUUGUUUAGUAUCAGAUCCACAUGCUUCAUCAAUUCAAAUGUAUGAACAUUUUUGUCCUGGAAGUAAAACAAUGUCAGAAGAAGGAAGACUUAAAAUUGCUACAGCUGUUGUUAAUAGUAUUAACAACAGUAAUGAUCAAUUUAAAUCUAUUCAUGCUUUAAAUCCACAUAAUCCAGAAGAAGAAUACUUUUUCCAAACAGUUCAAAAUGAAUGUUUUGUUCAUAUUGGAGGAUUACCUCGAUUGGAACAAUAUAGAUGUAAUGCUUUUACUAGAAAUUUUGAUUAUGUGUAUGAAGGAAUUAUUGAUGAAAUGAAAAUGCAUUUAAUGGAAUUUCCAUUAAAAGAUAAAGACUUUAUUUGUAUGAAAUGUGCAACACAUUUUAUAACUCCAAUUCCUUUCUUUAAAAUCAUGGCUAAAGAUGAAUAUAAUCCAAGAAUUGUUUGGAUUCAUAGAGAUCCAGUUAAACAAUUAUAUAGUGCUAUUACUGCUUAUUUGAAUGCUAUGGGAAGAUUAAAAGAUGAUUUAGGUAUUAAUGAUUAUGAAUUUAUUAAUAAUAAUGUUAUUUAUCUUCAUCAAUUAUAUCUUAAAAACGCUCUUACAGUAAGAGAAUCAUGGAUUAAAGAAAAUCCAGAACGUAAAAAAUUCAUUUGUGAUAUUUCAUUCAAAGAAAUGAUUCAAAACCCAAUUGAAACUACCAAGAAAAUAUAUGAAUAUUUUGGUAUUGAAUAUUCUAAAGAAUUUGAUGAAGCUUUAAAAGAUACGUUAGAAAAUGGACAACCACAAAAAGAAUUUGGUAGAAAAGAAGCAGAAACAUCAAAAAUAACUUUUAAUCCAGAAGAAAUACGUAAAAGUUAUGAUUGGUAUUUUAAUUCUGAAUAUGGAAAAUACCUUUAA